UUGUCAUUUUGGCGCCAGAUCCGCCGUCUGUUCUGUUGUUGAAGUCAUCUGUUAUAUCCCAUUCAUGCUAAUCGUCCGUGUUGUCAAAUGAAAAAUGUACAUAGAAAAUAUCGUUGAGGGUUUUUAUAAUCUUGUCAAUGGAUCCAGAGUGCUCCUAUUUGUCAAUUACGACAUUGACGCAAUAUGUGCAGUGCGCAUUCUUCAGUACCUGUUUCGAUGCGACUCAAUACUAUUUACUGUAGUGCCUGUAUCUGGUGUCCAAGAACUUCGUCAAGCAUAUGAAGAAAAUUGUGAAGAGGUGAAAUUUGUUGUUCUUGUGAACUGUGGAGGAACUGUUGACAUAGUUGAACUGCUUGAACCAGAGGACAGUGUAAUUUUCUUUUUGUUGGAUAGCCAUCGUCCAACUGAUCUCUGUAAUGUGUUUAGCAGCUCUCAAGUACGGAUAAUUGGCAAAGCUGAUCCCGAUGAGGGAAUCCCUGAUUUCGAUGAUGUGUUUCGGGAAGAUUCAGAUGAUGAAGACGAUGAAAACUCUGGAGAAGAAUCAGAUCCUGAAGAGUCCAGAGCUGCAAAAAGAAUGCGAAUGAGCGAGGAAGCAAUUUUGAAGCGCAGAGAUCAGCGGUUGUGGAAUGAUAAACGCAAUAGAAUAGUUUUCAAUUACACUCAGUUUAGCUAUUAUGGAAAAUCUAGUGCUGUACAAAUGUUUGAGCUUGCCCACUGCCUUUCCAAAGAUAAUGCAGAUUUACUCUGGUGUGCCAUUGUUGGAGUGACAGAACAGUACUUAUUGGGUAAAGUAGAAAAGCAACAGUAUGUUUUGGAGACCGGAACCUUACAAGGCUAUGUAUCAAAGCUUAAUCACAAUAUGGAGGAAGAACCAACAGAGGCAUCUGCUGCCCCUGUUACUGUUGCUCGGAUAUCAUAUAUCAAGGAUCUUCAACUAGCACUCUACCGUCAUUGGACUGUUGAAGCAAGUUUAAGACAUUCGAUGUAUUCUGCUUGUAAGCUUAAACUGUGGACUCUGAAGGGGGAGCGUAAGCUCCAUGAGCUUCUUGUGGACAUGGGAUUGCCUUUAAUUCAAAGUCGUCAAAAUUACUGUGCUAUGGAUAUGGUUUUAAGGCAGGAGUUUCAUUCCAUGAUAGAGAAAUUGGCUGAUAAAUACAAUUUAGAUCAGCUGGUCUUUGCAAGCUUCAUUCUACAACAUGGUUUUAGGAAUAAAUUUUGUGCCUCUGAUGUUGUGUACUCAAUGCUUGCAUUAUUGGAAUCAACUUCAAGAGAGAGAUCGGCACAAGACUGUUUUGUGGAAGCCAUGGAUGCAUUAUCAAAGUCAAAAAAGCACCUGCUAGAAGAUGGUAUUGAAAAAGCCAAACAAAUGCUAAUCAGUAUAUUUAAAAUGGUUCAGAGUGCUCUUGAUAUGCAAAUGGUGGUAUCUGCUGGUCCAUUCCUUUACUUCAUCAUUCAGGAAGGAGCUCUAAAUGCUCGGCUAUUUUCUCACCCUCACACAUUAAUAUCAUUAGCUCAGUUUAUAUUACAAGCCUACGUAAUGUUGAAGACAAAGAAGGCAACAAAUUUGCCUCUCAUUGUUUCAGCUCCACUCAAUGUGGAGGAGGGAACCUGCCUGGUUGUUGGUAUACCACCUGUUGCCGAAGACUCACCCAAGAACUUUUUUGGAAAAGCAUUUGAGCAAGCAGCUGAAAAGACUAAUGCACGGGCCCAGCUUGAUUAUUUUGAUUCCUCUGUUAUGAAGUUAAAAACUGAAGAUAGAUCUAAAUUUUUUGAUGCAUUAGCUGCUCUUUUGUCAUAAUCUGUUCCAAAUCCUAUCAGAGGCUGGGCUGUUUUUAUUUUUUUGUGGUGUUAUUUAAAAAAAAAAAAAAAACUUGUGGUCUAUUUCUUUUAAAUGAGACUGAAAUGUAUCAGAACCUGGUCUGUUUUUAUUUUUUGUGGUCUUAUUUUUUCAAACUUGUGAUAAUGUUGUUUAGAGUCGGCAUAAUGAUUUUUAGCAAGCUAACAAUUGUACAUCCCUGUAUUUAGUUUUUAUCAUGUAUUAAACAUUAAAAUUGAUACUCCUCUCA